GUUUAAACCCAUAAUCAGACAGAGGCUCAGAACCUCACGGACCAGAGUUCAGUAGCGCGAGACUUUAAGGACGUAUCAAAGCGCAAAGUGAAAGUGAAAGUAUUCGAAAAAUAUUCGAAAAGUGUGAAAUGCAAAUGGCGAUGACAAUGCCUAAAGAUAUAUUAUUCUAAGUGGAGCUUAAAAUCUGUGCAAAUAAACUAGAUAAAUGUGAUAUUAAAAUACAAUCAUAGAAAAGGUACAUCAAAUUGAUAUUGCAGCAGCGCAGCAGACGUUACGGCUACACGACUUGCAGCAGUUCGCGUUGGCAAAGGAAAUGAGCUCAACAACCGCGACGCCGCUGCCCGAGGCACAACGCGGGCCCCAGCCUGGUUAUGGCUGGCGCCAAGUUUACGCUGUGGCCUUUGAAGCUUAAAAAAACAAACAGCAACAGCAACAACGACAAGCACAACAACAACAACAGCCUGUGUCGAACAUGCGUUGCCAAAGGUAACAAUUUGUAGACAAAGCUCAAUUUUACAAAGGGUCGAUCGAUCAGCCAGCAAAUAGCCUAAUAAAAGGGUGCACAGCUUUAAAGGUGCUCGCAAUUGAUACUUUAAUCGUCUCUCAGCCGUAAAUUGCCCGAAAAGCCAGCCUGCAGCAGCGCAAUGACGCUGACAAAGCGGCACAGAGUUCCGAUGCUGAUGCCACUGCUGCUGCUGCUCCUCUUGGUGGGCAUGGAAAAAACUCGAGCCGAACUGGAGCCUUUGUCGGUUUCUGAGCCGAGCACUGGACUCGAUGAGGCACAGCCGGCGCGGGCUCGCAUCAAAGCAAAAACGGAAAACAUGUCCAGCGCCGGCGACAGCUUCAACAUACGUCACGGUCGCUCGCGGGCGCACAUGCUGCACAGCAGCAACAGCAACAACUACAGCAACAACAACAGCAACAAUUACAGCAACAACAACAGCAACAACAACAGCAACAACAAGAGCAACAGCACGCGCUUGGCGCUGGUCAGCGACGCUGCAACAUUAGCAUUACCAUUGCCACCGCCGACAGCCGCGCCCACACAGCAGCCGGGCGCAGGCGGUCUAAUUGGAGCAGCCGUCACGCAUAAAAUACGCAAAUUGCACAAGAAGAAAAUCAAUGAGAGCAUACGCAAGAGCGUCGACAAGAGCCUGGGCAUGGUGCGACCGGUGAAGAAUCAUCGCAGCCUGGCCGAGGCCGAGCAUCUGCAGGGCCGGCCCACCGAUGUGGAUGACACGGCGGCGGCAGCGCUCAGCGAGGUUAUGCAAUUGGCGGACGAGAUUGAUUUGGAAAACUCAUUAGAGUCAGCUUACCAGAAUGUUGUCGUUGGCUUAAGCGACAAGGAGUCAAGGACGCCGGUCACCGAACCAGCCACGGCACUUGCCACAUUACGGGGCACAGGUGCUGUCAAGGACAGCGGGGCCAAGGCUGGCAUCGGUAUCGCAGCUGGCCGGCAAUUUGUGCGUGCCAACAGUGAUGAUGGCAAUUAUGAGGAUAGCGCCGAGGACGAGGAUGAGCUGUCAACCACGCCAAUGGCAACAUUUGCGCCUCGUCAUUCAGCCGCAAAUGGCCCGAGAAGUUGGCAGCUGCAGCAGACGCGAGUCGUGGGCAGAACCCGCCUGCUGCCAGUGAGCCACAACAACGGCAGCAACAGCAGACCGGAUGCCACAUCGACAGUUGCCCCAAAUUUUAAUUUACCAGUGGGCAGUGGAGCCAACACGUUGGAGUCUAGCGAGGCGGAUUACCCGCUCGAGGGCUCGGAUGGAAACACUGAAAAUGCCGACGAAAGCGAAGCAGGUGACGACGUCGAUGACAACGAAGAUGUGACGGAAGCUUUCCAUGAGCGUAGCAAUAGCACAGAAUACGCCAUUGUCAUCUGGCCGGAAACCGAGGCGGAGGUGCGCUCCCAGGCCAGCACAAGCCCACAUGAUAGUGUGGGCAUGGAAAUGAAACAGAUAAACUUCAACUUCGGUUCGGAGUCGGAGUUGGAAUUGGAGCCAGAGGCGGAUGGUGAGCCAGUGCUGGAUACUUCAGAGGUUACCAUGGAUGAUGGCUAUCCGCCGGAGGUACUGAUUGAUGACAACACCAAGCCGCUGGUCAUUGACGAUGUGGAGGGCGAUGGCGUUGAUUCCAAUCAAAUAACGGCCGAUGUGAUAAAUGCCCGAGAUAAUAAAAUUGACCUGGUAUCCAAGUUUUUACAAUAUAUAGAACAGCAGCAUUUGAUGGGAUCCAAUUGUGUGGCCGGCACCUCGCUCAAUCUUGGCGAGGGUGUGGUCGACCGUUAUGCACAGGAUCGAUUUCGUGUCGAGGCCGAGGUGGCCGUCAAUCGCGCCAACAUGCUGACCAGAAUCUUCAAGACGACGGCACAUUCGGUGCAGGAGGAUGUCAACCUGCUGCACGCCUCGGUCCUGUCCAUGGUGGAGUUUGACGAUGAUAUAUUCGCGGCGGGCAAUUGCUUUGAUUGGAACGAGCAUCCAGCGCAGCCGGGACUAUUCUGCCCGUUUGCGUAUCGACUGCCGCCACCGAAUCUGGGCGCCAUAUUUGCCAAAGAUCUGGCCAUGGAGUAUCAUUAUCUGGGCAACACAUCCGAAUGGUUCUUUCUCGCACGCAAGAACGCCGAGAAGGUGAUAGCACGCAACGAGCAAUACCUGAAAUCCUUCCACCUGUACUCGAACCGAACCGAGGAACGCGUCGAGGACGAUACGCUGGCCGUCAAGUACGAGGAUGGCCGAUGGUCAAAGCCAUAUUACGACUGCGGCGGUGGCAACAUUUGGAUGCUAACGUACACGGUGCCAUUCUUUGGCUAUGAGAAUGGCAGCUAUCACUUCAAGGGCACAUCUGGCAUUGAUAUUGACCUGCGACGCGUGGACAUCGACCAAUGCCCGCAGCGGCAUACGCCCGGCACGAAGCGACCGCUGAACAUUUUUGCCGGCACCGACAAGUGUAAACAGCGCACCACCAUGUGCGAGCCGAUUAUGGGUCUGGGCUUUCGGCGUGGCUCCUACAAAUGCCUGUGCCGCAAGGGCUUUUACUUUCCCGACGUCGCCUCGCUGCACAAGUUCUUCAAUGGCAGCCUGCUUGAGGAGGAGUACGAGAAACUGAUGCUGGGCAAGAACUCAACGUAUAACAGCAACAACGAAUACGAAUGCCAGCCCUGUGCCGAGGGCUGUGACUCCUGUGAAGAUGCCUCGCCCUGCAUUGCCGCCCUCAAUUGGCCCAUGCGCAGCAGCAUCCUGGCGCUGGCCUGCAUCGUCAUCGGCCUGCUGCCACCGGCCGCCUGGUUCACAUUUCGCUAUCAACAAGUCAAGGUUGUGCGCGCCGCUAGUCCAGCUCUUUUACGGGUCAUCGCACUGGGCGCCUUCUUCAUCUACUGCACGAACAUUGUCAUGUACCCGAAUCCGAAUCUCUACACAUGCACCGCACGCAUCUGGCUGCGCGAGAUUGGCUUCUCCCUAACCUACGGUGCACUGAUGUUGAAAACCUGGCGCAUCUCGGUGAUAUUCCGCGUGCGCUCCGCGAAGGCUGUCAAAAUAACAGAUGCGGCGCUGCUCAAGCGACUGGGCAUAAUCUGCGGUGCCAUUGGGACAUGUUUGCUGGUGCGGACUUUGGUAUCGCCACCGGACGUUGUCGUCGGACGCACUGCGGAUGACCUUAAAGCGUUUCUAUGCAAAACCGAUUGGUGGGACUAUACAUUUACAUCGAUGGAAGUAUUAUUCUUGGCCUGGGGCGUCCGACUCUGUAUCAUGGUGCGGAAGGCUCCCUCGGAAUUCAAUGAGAGCCGCUUCAUAUCAAUGGCCAUAUACAACGAGUUCCUGCUCACCUGCUUCCUCAACGUGUCCAUGCUCUUCCUGCAGUCGCCGGCCAAUCCGGAUCUGCUCUAUAUCAUAUUCUUUUGCCACACACAGCUGACGGUGACCCUGCUGCUGGCUCUCAUUUUUGGCAGCAAGGUUUACAUUGUGCUGCGCAGCGGGAAGUCGCAUCAGGAGAACAUUGGCAUGGGCGCCAAGGCAUCGGGUGCCAAAUUCAAUUUUCGACCACAAGUGCGCACCUUCGCCCAUCCCAGUUCGGUGACAACAUCAACGGCGCCUGCAGCUGGCACCACUUCGGCAGAAACCAAGCUGUCCGACCAGGAGGCCCUCGAGGAGAUUCGACAGCUGAGCAUGCAGCUGCAGCGCAUACAGGAAAUGGCACCGCCCAAGGGCGUGGCUGUGAUGACCAUAUCGAGCCUGCUGGAUGGUCUCAAGACGCCAGGUGGCAUGAUGAUAGUCGCUGCCGCCGCCACACAUGCCACCAGCGGCAAUGCGUCAACUGCCACGCGGCAAGGUGCGCUGCCGCUGCUGGCACUCAACGCCGAGAUGCAAAAGUACAGCCAGCAGCUGCAGCAGAACAACAAUGCCAAUGGCAGAGCUGCAGCCGCUGCGGCCGCUGCGCGUGGCAGCAUACCCAACAUGGUGCUAGAGACGCCGCCCUCGACGGCAACACCGACGCCCACAGCUGCCUACGAGGAGCGCGCCACCAAUACGGAGCUGAGCGGCGAUGAUUUCCGUGAACAGCUGCUGCUGCGCCGCAGCGCCGACGGGCACAUCAUCUGCAGCCGCUGCCUGGACGCGUCCAAGGAGCACUACUAUUGCUGUCCGCCGCGCAGCGCCUGCGAGCAGCUGGGCUCCCCACAGCAAGAGGGCAGCCUGAGCUUCGCCAAUAUCAAGCUGGAUUGCAUGUGCUCCCAGUCGGAGGAUCUAGACCAGACGCAGACGCAGCGGCGACGACCCGCUGCCACGCGCACAGCAGCCACCAAUACGCCGCCCAGCAGCUGCAAACGUGGCGCUCGCAACCUACUCGAGGCCGAGGUUAGCAUUUCGUAUCAAAUUUGUGAUAACUGUAGAAGUAAGUAUAGGCUUAGCGAUAAGCCGGCCCCGGCCGGUAGAAGACGCAGCGGCAGCUGUACACAGGCCGAGCCACUGGCGCCGCCAACUCAAACGAGAAGCAGCGAGCUGCUGGAUCGUACCGAGACGGUUGUCAGUUGUGUAGCUGUGGCCAAGGUGGCACGCUCCACGGAUGACAUAGCCCUGUACACGAGCAACAUCUUGGCAUUGGCAGCGGGUGGGGGCGGUGGAGACAGCGAUAGUGAGCCGAUGGCACAGCCAUCAGCCGAGGCGACCAUGUCGCUGGGCAACGUGUCGAACGCAUCAAACAAUUCGACUAGCCAAACGGACAAGACGAGCGGCAGCGGGUCGGGUCGACCCAAGCGACCCGACAAGCUGAUGCUCGAUCUGAAUGAUCGGUCCAAAUACACCAAGGAGGUUUCUGUAUAGGACGUGAGGAGUGUUCUUUGAUCGCAAAUCGAUAAAUGAUUAUGUUAAUGGAAAUUAAAUAACAAAAGACUUUAUGAAA